CCUCUUUGUUAGCAGCACUUCAGCCUGAGACUCGAACACAAUGUAAUGAAAAGAAGCUGGUUCUCAGACACCUCGGCGGACGGGUCCUUAGUGUACUGCUUCUAAUUUUGCUGGUUUUGUUCAAAAUCUCGCUGAUUUACAAGCUAUUCACCUGCUCUUUAGGUAGCAGACAUCAGCUCCCGGUAUUGUGGUCUGGUGUUUGGUCUCUUCUCCACAUUGGCCAGCCGCAGAUACGGAUAACCUGCCGGCGACGGAGCUGCAAAGUGUCCUCAACGCGUUCGGUCCGGCGAAGCAAGCAAUUUGGUCACAAUCUGCCGGAAACUAGAACCGGAACCCCGUCGCUCAUUAGCUACUAAUACUUGCUUUCGUUCUUUUUCUGUGUUUCCCGUUUGUUUCUUGGGCCGAGAUCCUUGCCAAUUGUCCUCGUUUGACAAACUGGCAACCAUCAGACUGCCCGCCGAAAAUGCGCCUGCCAUCGAGCUUCGCUGCGCUCGUGGUUGGCUUGGCCCAAGCACAGGCUCAGUAUCUCGUCAAUGAGCUCAGUUUCGGUUAUGGCAGCAGGAUAAGCCCCGAGGGGACACAGUCAAUCCCCAACUUCUCCCUCCAAGGCCGGCCUAACCUUCCCGAAUUGCUUUCCAACAAGGUCAUCCUCACGCCUGUAGCGCCAGGGAACCAACGUGGCGCUGUGUGGGCGGACAGGCCGCUUCAGCAUCAGUCAUGGAUCGCAGAUGUUGAGUUCCGCGCGAAUGGCCCCGAACGGGCGGGAGGCAACUUCAACAUAUGGCUGGUGAGGGACGGUGCGCACGCCAUUGGGUCGAGCAGCAUCUACACGGCUGGCAGGUUUGAAGGUCUGGCGCUGGUGGUUGAUCAGUACAGCGGGUCUGGAGGCAUGAUGCGUGGCUUCCUGAACGACGGAACGAUCGACUUCAAAUCGCACCACAACGUCGACAGUCUCUCGUUUGGCCACUGUAGAUUCGCGUACCGUAACCUGGGCCGCCCAACGCAAAUUAAGCUGCGUCACAACGAACACAAGUUCAGCGUUGAGGUCGCCGGGCGCCCCUGUUUCGAGAGCGACAAGAUUCGCCUGCCUAGCGGUUACAACUUUGGCAUCAGCGCCGCCUCGGCCGACAACCCGGACUCGUUCGAGGUCUUCAAGCUGGUCGUGCUCACGGAGAAUACCCACGAGAACUACGGAAGCCAUCACGAUGCGGCGGCCGCGGCCCCUCCGGCGGGAGGUGACGCCAACAACAACAAGCAGCAGCGAAUGACAUUUGGGCGGGGGGGCCAGGCCGUGGUGGAGGACCCCUAUGACAACGUGAUCCCCGACCAGGACGCGGACCAAAUCACCAGCUCCAAGGCGCAGUUCGCGGACCUGCACACCCGCCUUCAGAACAUCAACCACCACCUGUCCAACAUCUUCCGGGUGUACUCGCAGGGGCUGGGCACAGGUGAGCAGCGGCACGAGGAGGUGUCAAUCAUGCUGGGCGAGCUCAAGGGCAUGCUGUCGCGGCUCGACAAGUUGGACGCGCUCGAGCACCGUCUGGGCGACAUUGAGCGCGAGAUGCGUUCCAUGCGGUCUGAACUCUCAGGCCGCCUGCGUGACUCGGAGAACGCCAUCAAGUACCACGUCAGCGAUAAGCACGAGACCCUGGCCGACCACGUCAAGACGCACACCAAGCAGGGCCAUACCAAGCUCAUCCUCGUCGUCCUCUGCGGCAACGCGCUGCUCGUGGGGGCGUACAUGUUUUACAAGCGGAAACGGGCGUCGCCGAAGAAGUAUCUGUAGCUGUUCGGCGGGGGCCGGCUGUGUGGGGGGUCGAUAUUGUUCUCCUUUUCGGUUUCAUGAAGAAAUGCUGUACAUAAGCCGGGGCAAUUGGCGUUAUGUUGUGUAUGAUUGCAUAGGUUUGGGUCCAUAGUUGGAUUGCUAAAGGGUUUAAAGCGUAAUUCGAUCUAUAUCCCAUGUAUGAUCCAGCAUAUACAUACGGUAUGUAUGAGAUUCGUCCCCGUCGGAAGCAGUAGAUGGGAUGAAAG